AUGGGUUGCAAUGUCAUUAAGGACCUACGUGUCUUAGGGUCGCGCCUGUGCGAGCCCGAGCUCCGGGACUUCUUGCUGCCAAUUUUUGAUGCCACCGGCCAGACUGUGGCGAAGGUGGCGUGCACCGGAGAACGGAUGGCGCUGCUGAAAGGAUGGCUGGCUGAGCUGUUUGCAGAGCCUUUGUGGACGCUGUGGAUCAUCUCUGCAGGUGCCAAAAUCCAGAAAAAACCGAGGGCCUACCCCGGAUCUCCACAUGGCAAUGGCAUGGGCCCGUGCUCUGGCCCCACUCAGGCCAUGGGCGAUUUGUGUUUUACUGUUCUUCGAGCCGACAAAAAUGCCUUGAUUCAACCGCGAUGGCCAGGUGCGCUACUGCAGCCGCGACUGAGCCUUCUUGCCAUCAAACAACUUGUGCCUUGGCUCAACUCCCUGCCUCAAGGACUGAAAGAAGUCCAGGUAGUACAGGUGCAAGACAUGAGAACCCCGAAGAAACUUGCAGAGCCACGACUUUUUGCGGCCCUCAGAGGCAACCCUCAUGAAGUCCAAUCCCCCUGGAGCACUUGCAACUUUGUGGCGACCUCAGGAAGACUGGAACGCAGGGGAUUGGGCCACAUGCCAUCGGUGCUCACCUCAUCUUGGCGGUUGGCCUACCACAGGUUGAAGACAGAUCCAGCGCAAGGCUUAGAUGCGCAGCAACAACCAGUGCCAGCGCGUCACCGAUGGACCUAUGUCAGCAACUGCAGGAAGCGAUACAAAGCUUCCCCUUGCAGCCGAAGGCCGGACCAGCUGAGCAUCAUUUUGGCAGCGCCUGAGAUGUUCCCAACGCAGGAAAAAGCGCCAAAGAAAGCCGCUGGCUGUCAGAGUGAGCUGGAUCCAGUGCCUUGCCCCGUGCUGUCUGAGCAACUGCAGGUGGCCAUGGAAAGCCUCGGCUUGCCACUGACUCCGCAGGAAAAAGCGCCAAAGAAAGCCGCUGGCUGUCAGAGUGAGCUGGAUCCAGUGCUGUCUAAGCAACUGCAGGUGGCCAUGGAAAGCCUCGCCUUGCCGCUGACUCCACAGGUGCAGGGGGAAUUCGUGGUGCAUUUCGAGUGCUAUGACUUUCCCAUUGACAUCCAAAGUCUGACGGUGCUGCUGGAAUUUCAGCUGGCGGAUGAGGGGAUUACACCUGUGGAGCUUUCCACCAGCCACACGCAAGAUGUGGACGUGAACCGCCAAAACUUUGCCUGGGAAAAUGAAUACGAACUGGGCCUAAGCAUGUCGGUGGGCAUGGCCAAACGCCAUGCUCUGUCCACCCGGACCUAUCCUCACGUGAUGUGUUCUGCUUGGGUCUUGCGGAAUCCGUUUUACUUCCUGGUGAAUGUGGCCCUGCCCAACAUGCUCUUCGCGGCCAUGGCGGGUCUGCAAUUUUUCGUGGACGUGGACAAAGUGGCGGACAGGGCCAGCAUAUCAUUGACGCUGCUGCUGGUGUGCGCCUCCUACUUCCAGUUCUCCUCGUCACUAGUGCCACGCCUGGGAUAUCUCACCAUUCUGGACAAGCAUUCGCUGUGGUGCAUCUUUUUGGUCAUCGUCAUGGUCUUCUGGGUUGGAAUCAUUAAGAUGGUCAGGCACCACACUGCUUUGGUGGAUUUUAUGGCUGCCAGCUGUUUCGCGGGCAUCUGGCUGCUGUCGCACGGCUGGUUUCUGCUCCGUCUCUGGCGCUCGCGAAGGCGCUCGCGCAGCCGGCUGGAACGGCCGGCCGGGAGCCACCAGAGAGCGGUGCGCUGCAGACAGAACUCGGACAUUUUCUAUCCAGUCUCCCCCAGACCUGAUAUGGAUCUUCCUCACGGUGAACCCAAAGCUUUCGCCGUGAACACGGCUUGGCAAUGAUCGUUUUAAACACAGCGCCCGGCACCGCUUGGGUGGGGGUUUGGACACGUGGAUUCCGG